CGAUUUCUCCCCUUGUCGUCGCCAAUUUUCUUUCUCUUUUCUUCCUUCCGUGGUCUGGCCUGAUUAACGCUGGUUGGAACGAUUCAUUCGGUUACUGUUCAGUCUACUGUAUCAGCCGAGAAAAAUGGAAGGUCGAGGCUACGGUUCAGGCUAUGGAGGUUCUGCAGGGUACUCCUCCUGGAACAGUGGUGCUGGCAACAGAGGAUCUGGAGGGUUUGACCAAUAUGAGUCCUACGACUCGCGGUCCACCUCACUAAACAACCGUGAUCUCUACAGAUCCGGCUACGGUUACAGUGAAGGGGGAACUGACUUCAGCCACCACCGGGGCGGCAAUGCCUAUGGAGCAGGUCGCUUCGAUAACUCCUACGGAUCGAACCAACCCCAGAACCCAAGAUUACGAGAGAACUUUGGCCAGAGCUGGGCCGGCCGAGGUAUUCGAGGCAUGGGCACCGGGCGGGGUUUCGGACGCUGGAACGAGCCCCUUAUGGGAGCCCGGGGCCCAGGUGCUAUUGGGUCACCAGGGGCCAAGCUUCCUUCACUUCUCUCUCCCAACGUGUACCCAGAGAUGGGCAUGUUCAGCCAGGGAAUGCAAGGGUUCUCUGGGAACAAGCGUUUUGGAGCUGGAGCUGGGUUAUGGGCCGGCAGACAGCGCGUACGGAGGAGAGUCCCCAACCGACAGAUGAAAGUACAGAAAGAUGGCAAAAAGAGAAAAUCUCAGAACAGUGGCGAUGAGCCAGAGAGCAAAAUGGGAAAGAUGGAUGCUUCUGAUUCUGAGAAUGAGGAGAAAGCAUCUGAAACUGGAGCUGAAGAAGGUGAAGCAAAACCUAAAGCAGAAGGUGAAGGUGGAGGGGAAGGAGAUGAUGCACUCACAAUGCAAGAAGAGAUUAAUCAGAUAAAGCGUAAGCUGCAAGCUAAUAAGCAGACACAGGAGAAGCAGAAAAGGCGUCAACGCAAUCGACUUAUAGAAAGGGUCCAGUUUACCUGUUCAAUCUGCCGGUUCCGAUCAUUUUAUGAUGAUGAAAUGAAGAACCACCUAGAAAGCAAGUUUCACAAGGAACACUUUAAAUUCCUUACUACUAAGCUGUCUAAGCCUACUGCUGACUUUCUACAGGAGUAUGUUUUGAAUAAAAGCCGUCGGGCUGAAGAUCGACGAAAGCACAUUGAGAACCUCAAUGCUGCAAUUGCUCAGAUCUACAAAGAACAAGAUCUUACUCAAGAACUUGGCAUGGGGCAUUUUGUCCGUAAAGUGGAAGCUGCCCAUUGUGCUGCCUGUGAUCUCUUCAUUCCCAUGCAAGUUGGGCUAAUUCAGAAGCACCUGAAAACACCAGAGCACAAUAUAAACCGCAAGGCCAUGAUGGAACAAUCAAAGAGAACUUGCCUCUCUGUUGCACGGAGCAUUUUGAAUCACAAGGUGAUAAGCAAAAAGCUGGAGCAAUUCCUAAAGGGAGAAAAUCCAUUUACUGAUGAUGCAGAUGACAAAGGUGAAGAAAAAGAGACUGAAGGAGGAGAGGAAAAAGCCGAAGGAAAAGAAGCAGAGGGAAAAGCUGAAGGAGCAGAGGGUGAAGCAACGGAAGGGGAAGCUGCCACUGACGCUCCUGCUCCUGAUGAGGCUGCAGAACAGAAUGCUGAGGAAGAAAUGGAAGAGAAGAAAGAGGGUGGUAUAGACUGGGCUGAAGAGUGCGAGGAAAGUGACCAGCAAGAAGGUGAAAUGCCAGUAGAAGAGGAUGCUGGAGUGCCAAUUGCCGACGAAGACUUGGGCACAGAUGACCCAAGUGCUGAAUAGACUUACAAAAUAUUGCCACGUUGUAUUUGCAAGAUGUGUAAUUUGGCAGAUCUUGGCUACCAAAAAGAUUAGAAUUGCUUGACAUGGAUGGGGCUUUCAUAUUUAACAUGACCUAUAGUCUUUCAUAGUUGCGUUACACCUUGUAACUGUUAGCAUUUUUUUUUUUUAUAACCUUGCCAGUGUUUUUUGUUUCCCCUGUCUUAAGUGUGUAAGAAGAAGAUUCUGUUAGAACUGUUUUUAUAAUACUGUGCAAGUCUUGGCAUUGGGAUAAGUUGAACAAAUGCGCUAAUCUUGCACCUGUGUUUUAAACAGUUUUAGUAGUUAACGUAUGGUGCAUCAGUUUUAAUGUAACUGUUGCGUAAUUGGUUUAUAUAAGUGAGUGCUUUGCUAAUUUAAUUUUAAAAUCCUGUUCAGAUUUUUUCUACAGCUUUGUUUAUUGUAACCUUUGAAGCACAGAGCUCUCCACUACAAUUUAAAUUGGAGAGCCUUUUUUAAUACUGUAUAUUCUGUGCAUCGUUUUUGUUUGUGGAGAGAGGGGUUGUCUAAUAUAGACUGUGAGUAACCAUC